UAAAUUGAAUUGAUGGUGAUUUGAUAAAAUUCAUGGUGUUUCCGAUAUUGCUAGUGCAGUUUGUAAAAAAUAUUUCGAAUCAUAGGGUCCACAAACGAGCUGACGGAUUCUAUCAUGGUCGUAAAACGUGCUGCGGACAGUGCGGACUCACCAAUUCUCGAGGAAGCCGGAGAAAGUGGCUCCGAGCAGAAACCCAAACCCCUCGUCAAAUAUGGAGAACUCGUUAUACUCGGUUACAAUGGCUACCUGCCCGCGGGCGAGCGAGGUCGUCGGCGCAGCAAAUUCGUGCUGUAUCGGCGACCGCAGGCCAACGGAGUGCGGCGGUCGAAGCACUAUGUAGUGAAAACCCCUCACAGCAGCAAGGCUAUCCUCGACGCCAGCCAGCACUCCAUCUCGUACACCCUCAGCCGCAGUCAGGCCGUCAUUGUGGAGUACACGGAGGAUCCCGACACCGAUAUGUUUCAGAUCGGUAGAUCGUCAGAGUCUCCUAUCGACUUCGUGGUAAUGGACACGGUAGCGGGCGACAAGACCGGUGAUACUAAAGUGCUACAAAGCACGAUAUCGCGGUUCGCCUGUCGCAUCAUAGCCGACCGCAAUGAUGUCAACAAUUGCCGCAUUUAUGCCGCCGGCUUUGACUCCUCUAGAAACAUAUUUCUUGGUGAAAAAGCUACGAAAUGGACCGAGAACCACGAAAUCGACGGGCUAACGACGAACGGCGUCCUGAUCAUGCACCCUCGGGGCGACUUUUGCGGCGGCAGUGCCACCUGCGGGCCUUGGCGUGAGACAUCCGUCGGAGGGGCGGUAUUUUCGCUCAGAGAAAGCCGUUCAGCGCAACAGAAGGGACUGCCUUGCCAAGCGGAAACUAAUGUAUUACGAGAUGGCACAAUGAUAGAUUUAUGCGGAGCCACGUUAUUAUGGAGAAGCGCUGAAGGUCUUAAAAAUUCACCAACCAAACGCGAUCUGGAAGCGUUAGUGGACGAACUGAACGCCGGUCGGCCGCAGUGUCCCGUGGGGCUCAAUACACUGGUCAUCCCGCGCAAAGUGUCCACGGCGCAUCAAGAUUUGAACCAGCCUUACGUAUAUCUCAACUGCGGACAUGUGCAAGGCGAGCAUUCGUGGGGCGCGGACGGCAGCGACACAGGCCUUCGGCGCUGCCCCAUGUGCCUCACUGCCGGUCCCGUCGUACGCGUCUGCAUGGGUAUCGAGCCAGCUUUCUACGUCGACUCCGGCCCGCCCACGUAUGCUUUUAACCCUUGCGGACACAUGGCUUCGGAACGAACUGUCAAAUACUGGGCGAUGGUGGACAUCCCCCACGGCACGAACGGCUUCCACGCAAUCUGCCCGUUCUGCGCCUCGCCGCUGCAGGGCUCACCCGGCUAUGUACGCCUCAUCUUCCAGGACAAUCUCGACUGAGAAACCACGCAGGUUCUCCUCAGUCACUGGCGUAGACUAUUAUAGCAUUCAACAAGUGAUACAAAACAUUAGCAUGGACGUAGGCCGAGGCCAUAAGUUUAUAACAACAGCAUAACUAGCUUUUGCUACAAUAUAUUAUACAAAUAUCUAUUUGACUAAGACCAGUUCUUAACUUAAUAGGCAUUAGCAUUGUCGUGACAGUGUUCUUGGAAAGGCUAAUGGAACUGAAAAAUGGUAUCAAAUCUAUCAAUAUAGAUCUACAAUGACUAUACAAUUUGUUGUCUGAUACAAAGUCAAGUAAAGAAUUGCAUUGACUGAUUCGUUAUGUUAAUUAAUCAGUAUCCCAUAUCAGCCAGCAUAAUAGUAAAAGUAAAUUUUAAUGUCCUUGAAUAAAAUAAAAAAUCCAAAUAGUCUGACACGACAAACGUUUAUAUCCCCGGAUAAUAAUAAUAAAAAUUACAACGCGUAGUUACAGUUACAAGUGGAAUCUCACAGCUUUUCAAGACUUUGUAAAAUAAAUUAAAUUUAAUAAAUGUAACUGAAAAUUAUUUUCUUUGUUAGAUUACCAGAUUUGUUUUUAUCCAAUCGAAUUUUGCAGUUAAAUAAAAUGCUACAAUGUUAAUGAAUUGUGUAUUUGACUUUAUAUACAGGCUGUUAUGGAAAUGUUUUUGUUUGUUUGUAAGAUUGCAUUUGACAAGCGUGAGUAACGCCAAAUGCUAUAUUUCCUAUAUUCUGCAAACAAAAAUGAGAUAAUGUUUCUUACUUAAUAACAUCCCCUGUAUAUAGCUAAGGUUAUGUGAAGAAUGUGUUAUGUCACAAAAUGUGUUAAGAUGUACGUUUAUUAUUAGUGUUAUGCAUAGCUAAAGCUAGAUAUUUACUGUCUUACAUGUUGACCGACAAAAGGACUUAGCUAACGACAACGGUGUAUAAAAACAAUUACACCUCCAUACUUUUGUACAACUGUCUCUUUCUGUUGACCAACAAGUUGGACAGUCAAUAUCCCGCUUAAGACGUUCGACUAACGAGUAUAUUUAUUUGUUAAAGUCAACAUGUAAAGUAAGAGACAACAAUAAAAUAUUUAAGCUUUGUAAAUUGCUGUGUUGGUUUCAAUAAGGUUGUUUAUUGCAUGAAAACGUGUGAAUGAUAAAAUGGUUUUUUUAUGCUUUAACUCGAAAUUGGUAUUUCGAAUUGCGACCUUAAAUAUUAAGUCUUGUUUUUCCGCAUAAAGUGUGGUAAGAAUAAUAAUUUCUACGCCUACAUCUCGUUGUACAGAAUAUGUUUAUCAUUGUCAUGGAAUACGGUAAAUAAAACCUUAGCGAUACUAAAUUAUGUACUAUAUUCGCACGGCUAUACAACCCAAGAACUCAACAAAGUUUCUACAUUGCAAAUUAACAUUUUCAAACAACUAUACUUUUUCAAUGAGAUUGCUCUAUUGUAUAUGUCGUCGUAAGAUAGUUUGAUUAAUAUUUUUACGAAAAAACUAUUUUUAUUUCCGUGGUUAAUCAGCGACAACUGCCUUAAGCAGUCACCGCUUCAUUCUUUUUUACGACAGGCUAAUGCUAGAAUAUGGAUUUGGAAAUGGUUUUUUUUUGUAAUAUUACGACGUUGUAUAUAUAUCAGUGACUCUACGUACUUCAUAUUAACAGGUGACUAAUGUAAAUAUGCUGUUUUUACCUUAUCAUUAAGUUAUUUAUGUUGGAUUUUUCUCGUGUGGUAUGAGUAGGACAUAAGUGCGCCUUUUAGCGUAGUAAAGACUUAUUUGUAUUGUACUCAUAGUUGGAUUUGGAUUCAAAAGGAUAUAAGCUAAAUUGUUUGAUUGCUAUCUUACAUAAUUACUAAGUGGAAAACUCUUUAUUUCAGAAUAGAUUAUAAUUUUCUUUUAUUUGACGCCUUCGUAGUUGAGUGGCUUGCACACCGGUUUUUAUGGUGGCGCCAUCUGGGGUUCUGCGUUCUAUCCCCUUCCGGGUCAGUAUAGAAAAACUAACUUUUCUAUAUUGUCUCGGGUCUGGGUGUUUGUGGUGGUACCGUCGCGCGUCGUUUCCAAUUUCCAUAACACAAGUUCUUUAGUAACUUACUUUGGAAUCAGAGCAACGUAUGUGAUGUUGUCUUAUAUUUAUUAUUAUAUUAUUUGUGUAAAUUUGAAGACGAAAAACGUAUUUCCAAAGUUACUGAAUUUCCAAAACCGUUAGCGGUACAAUCAAAAAUAGAUAUUGUGUCAGUUGUAGUAGUACUCGUUUCAAUAUUUGUUAUAUGAAUAUCAUAAACAAUGUUCAUACCUCUGAAUCAACGUGGGGUCAUUGAACAAUUUACUUUAUCCGUUUUUUUUCAUAUAUUUUUCCGAUUGAGUGGUGUUUUGUGUGGGAAGAAUAAAAAUAACUUGUGGAAGUGACUUAUUGGGUUUUUUGAAGAAUUUUUUUGAGUAUUCAUAAGUACAGUGACCCCUUGAAAUUGCAAACGUUCUCUUUUUAACAUUUCGCGCGCCUUAUCCUAGCGUCGCCUGCCCGACAAAAUCUACUAUUUUGCACGGACUUGUAUUUUAUGAAUUAUAUAUAGGUAUAUGUUUAUGAAUGAAGUAUAUUAAUCCGUGGUUGUUGCGACGAGAUAAUUGGUGAAAUUUUAAAACUUCGAGUAAGGUGAAGCUCGAAUAAGGUUCUAACUACUACUACUAACUCUUAUUUCGGUUUAGAUCCAGCUCUUCGAACAAUGCUAAUAAGUCUAUAAGGCCAACUAAGUUAUAAAUAUGUUUCGAAUGUUGUUUAGUAUUAUAUAACCUGGCUUGUAAGAAUUUAAUAAACAAUGGGCAGGCUUAUUUAGUUGACACGUGAUUAUUUCACAGGCUGUGUGGCUAGAUGGAUCAAUGAGGCUUUUGUUUAUGAAUGAACUUCGACAAUUUAUCAUUUUUGGUUGUAAAUCAUCCAUUACCUCGAAUAAUUU